AUGAUGGGCCUGUUUGUCGAUCUGGAAGACGGCGUCCCGUGGGCAUCUCCAGAAGAAUACCACAUACCCGGCCCCUUUUCCCAGGAAGAAGCACCCACCGACAGCCAACCACAGCCUGCGCCCGAUUCCCCCGAUUCUCUUCCCCUAAUAUAUGCUGAGAAAUGGGACAAUUCGGAGGCCGAUCAUCAAGAUAAUAUGACGAGCCCGGUGUUCUCUCCGUUUGUGAUGGAUGGAUUGACGCCAAAGCCAGGCGUUCGAAGGAAGGCCCCAGUGGCUGUCAUGCCAAGGAAGCAGAACAAACCGCCGCCGAUGGGACAGAAUGAGGAAUCGAGCUCCUCCCAGCAGCAGUCCUCCUCCUCCUCCUACGCCCCGGAUCAGCGACAAAGAGCAGUGGUAGUGAAGCGAUUGGUCGUCGUGUCGGGCACUGCAAAAGAUGAUCCAACCAUACGACGUCCACGACAGGCCAUCGGCACUGGGGCACCGCUUGGCGAGCGAGUACCCAUUUUACCCCAUCGUGGUGAUCAAUCGUUGACAAAGACGCUGAGCUUGAUGCCGACAUCAUCUACCAGAAGGAAAUACUUCAGCGAUGAAGAUCUCCAGCCUCAAUUCGUUGAGCAAGAUGUCCAUCACGAGGAGCAUCACUAUCUGAAGGAUGAUAUUGAUGUUGUGCAACAAGAAGAAGUCACUUCGGAUGAUAUCUGCGACCCGUCCACUUCCUACAUUGAUGUCAUCGAGGAAGGCCACAUGGGAAUGGAAUACGGACAAUUGACGGGUGGCCACCAUCAAGGAAUGUCAACGGGCCGACAAAGAAUCCAGCAGCCGACACAAUUUCGCCAGUUGAUGAGCGAGAACCAAUAUCUCAAGGACCAGCUCGAUGUCGCGCUUUAUAAAAACAAGCAACUGGAGAUGAUUCUCGUCGAUCGAAGCCUGCGCAUCAAGGAGCUGGUCCGCGAGAAUCUGCAGACGAACAAUAAAUGCCGAAUGCUCAUCAAUCAUCUCGGAGAAGAGGCCGUCGAAGGAAUUCUGAAUCCCAAACGCCCGGACCCGCCCUCGAAGAAGAAGAAGUUGGAAGAAAGUAUUACCAUCGGCGCCCCAAAA